CCGUACCGUUCGCCUCUUCGAACCGUACUCUUAAGUCUUAACCGUCGCUUAAGGCGCGCAAAAGCAGCGAAGUGGCGAGCAGCGACGACGACCACUCGAGCAACAAGAAGAAGAAGAAGAAGAAGGAGGAGGAGGAGGAGAUUUCUAUGGCGGUCAUGCAUUUGGUCCUAUCCCCUCCUUCCAAAUCCCUCCUCUCCUCCUCCGCCUCCUCCGCCUCCGCCGCCGCCGCCGCCGCCGCGACUUGCCGCCCCGCCGUCAUUCUUCCGGGGUUGGGGAACAACACGGGGGACUACGGGAAGCUGCGGCUCACUCUCGAAGGCCACGGCGUCCCCAGCGUGGCCGCGAAGGUGUCGCGCCUCGACUGGUUCAGGAACGCCGCCGGCUUGGUCGACCCUAACUACUGGCGCGGCACGCUCCGCCCUCGCCCCGUCCUCGACUGGUACUUGAAGAGGGUCGAUGAGGCCGUGCGAGAGGCGAAGGAGAUGGCUCAAGGCGGCUCCUUAUCUUUGAUCGGACAUUCAGCAGGAGGAUGGUUAGCACGGGUCUAUAUGGAAGAAUUUGGAGUGUGCGAUGUAUCUCUGUUAUUGACUCUGGGCACUCCUCACUUGCCACCUCCUAAAGGACUUUCUGGGGUUAUAGAUCAAACCAGGGGUCUCUUGGAUUAUGUUGAGAAGAAUUGCAGAAACGCUGUGUAUACUCCAGAGCUGAAGUACGUAUGCAUCGCAGGGAGGUAUAUACAAGGUGCUCGUAUAUUCGGUGGCUCAGAAAUUAAUGUUGUGUCCACAAUGCCAGUUGAUGGAGAUCAAGUGAUUUCUGAGGUUGCUAUUGCCAAUGAUGUAGAAAGUUCAACAUUAAACGCCUCCACUUGGCGUGCCCGUUUUGUUGGGCAGGGGUACAAGCAGGUAUGCGGGCAAGCAGAUGUAUGGGGAGAUGGAGUUGUGCCAGAAGUAUCAGCUCAUUUGGAGGGCGCGCUUAACAUCAGCUUAGAUGGGGUUUAUCAUUCACCUGUCGGUUCUGAUGAUGUUUCCAGACCAUGGUAUGGUUCUCCAGCUAUUGUCGAAAAAUGGAUAGAGCACCUCCUCAGUUGAAUUUAAUCCCAUCAAUUGAGGAAAAUAGGCAAAGAAAGCCUCCACAUAAAUUUAGGAAAACUCUAGAUAUGAUUUAUUAUUGAUGUUAACUGAUUGCUUGGGUCACUUAAUUUUCUGUGAUAGCUGCGGGUUUGUUAUCUCAUAUGUCCAUUAUUUGUAUAUCACAGUGUAGCAUGGGAUGUUUUUCUUUGUUGAAAUGGGGCAACUACCAUAUGGUCAGUUGUCGUCUCAAUGCUUCUGUUGUUGACCUAUUUGUUGUUGGUUAGAAUUCUAGUCAAGCUGAAACUGGCAUUACGAGGAAGCAAAUUCCUAUUCCAGGAAGUCGCUAUCAAAGAUUCGUGAAAUGCUGCCUUCACAAAGCUUGGUUUCGGGGCUUGUCUUACCAGGUCUUUUGGAAUUGAUAUGAUAGGUUAUGUAUUGUUGCCUGUCGUGUGAUUAUGUUUACUUUAUAAAUAACCAAAAAGAAAGAAGAAAAACAAAAAGGGAGCAAAAACUAAAAGGCUCGUCUUAAAGAACUUUGGGUGUCUAGUUUGAGUCGGGAGUCAAUUGCAUUGCAGUAAUUUUAAUUUCGGUUUCUAGCAGAAUGCAGAAGAAAUACACAUUUGUGAUCUCGCUAUGACAAUAAAGGCCGUCAUUAUUUAGGAUUCAAGACGUGUACGCAGCUUCAUUUCCAAAUCCGGUGGAGUUAGGGUGACAAUCCUGAGAUUAAGGGGUGAUACGGGAAGAUUUCUCAUAUAUUUAUAGAAUGUGCUCACAAGGAUGUCUUUGGUUCGUCCUCUUUUUUUUAUUGACAUGGUCACCUCUCUUUAUAGGCUUAAGCAAAUAAGCAUUGUUAGUCAAUGUCA